AUGACCAUGAUAGAGACUGAGACACGCCAACCGGUGGCAGCACCUCCCUCCCGCUACCGCACCAUCCGCAGGAAGCUAGCCAACACCCCCACAGCAGCCACUAUUGAAGCUCCGGCAGCUCCAAUUGCCCAAUCGUCUUCCUCGAAAUAUGAGAGCAACCACAACCACCAUAACAGCAGCAGCCAUCCCUCAAAUGCUACCUCACAGCCAAUGACUCGGCAGCCGUCAAAGUUCAGACAGAUCCUCCGUCUCAACACCAAGGAGGUCUCGCCGCCCCCUGCACCGAUCCCACAGUCCGCUCCCGCUGCGCUGCCCCGUCCGAAUAAGCUCACAAAGAGCCAUUCGCAGUCUCCGCCAAAGAAGGUUUACACAAAGAGGGACGAGAUCAUUGACCAGACUCUGGAGAAGUUGAUGGGGUCUUCGGCGACAGAGAAGUACUCGCCUUACAACGAAUUGAAUUACGAUUUUAAGGUUCCUUGUCACCUCGACACAGGAGUUGUGGAGCAGAUGGGCACAUGCAACACCACAGAUGCAGACAUGUUCCUGAAGCGGGCGAGACCUCGCAAAGAACGCAUCCUGCUUGAAUCAUGGCCAACACUGGGGCUUCAGCGACAAGUCCGUCAUUUCGAGCUGAUUAGUGAUGUUGUUGCCACCUGGGAUCCGGAAAACACCCGUUGUCACCUGAGGGUCGAGAAGUGGGCUUGGGGACAAACAAAUCUCAAUGUCAAAGAGUUUCCCAAGGAGGAGCCAGCCAGUGGGGUUGCGCAGUUCCACUACUACAACAACGCGGAAAAGAAGUGGUCCCGGCGGUGGAUCAGACUCGGAAACGGGUCGGUUCGGAUCGCCAAAAAGGACAGGCCGACGGAGAAGGAUUUCACACAAACAAUUGCACUGGAGUCGUUUGACGCGUACACGUUUUCGGACCCGCACCACCCCAGCGAGCGCUUGAGGUGCCCGACAAAGUACUGCUUCGCGCUCAAGUCUCAACAUCAGCUAAGCUUGUUUGGCGAGGGUGCUGUUUACUGUCACUACUUUGCUGCAGAGAACGAAGCACAGAUGGCGGAGUGGUUUAGUUUGAUUAGGGACUUCAAGAGCCGCUUGAUCGCGGAGAAAAGGGAUCUCGCAUGGUGGACCGCCGUCGAAUCCGAUUCAGAUGCUCGGUCCUCUAGUGCAAAGACGGCAUCCCCUGCCGGGUCCCCUGGCCGUGGACGUCAUCGACAGAAACCCCUGAUCUCACCGGAGGAACUGGCACAACCGCCUGCUGCGACGGGGAUGCAAAGGGGGAAGAGUGUACGUCAUGAUAAAUCAAUUACAAGGUCGAACACUAGGAGGCAUAGAAGCCCUUCGGCAAGAUCGCCAAAGGCGCCAGAAACCCACUCGGAUGACGGGGGGGUGUUUUCUCCGGGGGGUUUGCUGGGUUCAGACUAUGAAGACAAGAGGCGCAUUGCACAGAUGGCUUUCAAGGAAGAGCGAUCGCAACCGCAUAAUGAAUUUACUCUAAAUGCGCAGGCACAAGCGCCACCACCUCCAGGUCACCAUCAGCCCUUGGUAAAUACAUCAUCCUCAUCAUCGAAGCCCCUACAGAGAGCAGGGACUGUGGUUUCUAGGCCAUCAACUGCGCACAAGCAGGCGGGUACCCUUCUCAAUUUCCACCAAGAAGAGCCAGUUCCAGCGCUCCCUCACCACAGCCGGCGAGGAAGAGGCCACACUGUGUCGGGACAGGACUCAAAGUCGAAAGGCGGGCUGAUUUCGCUCGUCAAGUCCGACUUACCACCAAUUCCAACCUACCAGAUGAGCAGCCAUACCAAGAGGCCCAACACAGGGAAGGGAAGGAAUCAUCGUGGGGAAAGUGAUGAUGAGCAAACAGCAUUUACUGGUACAGGGUUAUUGUCACAUGGUUAUCACAGCGCUGGAGCCACAACGAUGGGUCAUGGGGUUGCAAACGGGCGGGAUGCCAUUGGAAAGAAUGGGGAGAUUACACCACUGCUGGGUGCUGGUCAGAAAAGCAUGUUUGCUCCCGGGAGUCUGCUGGAAAAGAGAGAAAGAGAGUUGGGUCCUGCGAGACCAAUUAUCGACAGAGAUACGCACUCGUCGGAUGAUGAAUAA